AUGAUAAGCAGUCAUAGAAAAAUAUCCGACUUCAGUCUGAAACGAUGUCAGCAUUAUACGGAGCACAAUCUUCCUUUUUUUUUGGUAAUGGACCAUUUACCAAAAGUAAUUGCGAAAAUUUGUCCGGAUUCCAAAAUUGCUCAAGGAUUGGCAUGCGCCAGGAGAAAAACAACCGGUAUUGUGAGAAACGUUUUAGGCACAGAAUCUUUCAAGAAUUUAUGUGACGGUUUAAGAAGAAAAUGCUCGCUCAUCGUAGAUGAAUCCACCGACAAGUCAACAAAAAAGCAUCUAUGUUUAGUGAUAAGAUAUUUUAAAAAUAAUAUAUUACAAGAUAACUUUUUCGGCCUUAUAGAGUUAAGCAGUGCAGACGCUACUACUUUAUAUAAUUGGAGAGAAAAUGUUUAUGAAAAUUUUGACGAAUUGGAUGAGGAUGACCCUUGGGCAUAUUUUAAAGAAUGGCAAGCUGCCCGUGGACCUCGAAAAUCUUAUGCAAAAUAUGAUCCUGAUACUGAAAGUAAUAAUAGUAUACCAAUUUUAAAAGAGUUGGAGACAGUGAAUAGAGCUGAUGUAAUAUUGAAAACGUAUUAUAUCAACCUGGACGAUCAAGAAAUGCCACCAUCCAGUGAAAAAUUAGCAUCAUCAGCUGUAAGUACCUACUUUUGUUUAUAA